CCCAUCCCCAAGUUGCGUGUUCGUUGACGUUGUCGGGGCCCACCUACCUUAGGUACCGCCCAUGCAAUUGUCCCAAUCGCGAUCAUGAUGCAAGGCACUGAAACCGCCUUUUGCUCCGUCCCGACCCCGGGCCUUGUUUCUCCCCGUGCUUUGCCGCCUCACCAUCGCCCUCUGCGACCGCUGCACACACCAUGGCCACGCACGCUCUUACGCCCAAGCUGAGCAUCGUCGUACCCGCGAGUGGCCGUGCACGUCGUCUCCACCUCCAUCACCAUCUGCUCGGGCCGGCCCAUUCAUGUACUGAGCCCUUCCACGAUGACGACGCCUUUUUGCCGCCCAGGCCUUUUCAAACACAACCACCCUCUCCACCAACUUCACAACGCUUACCGUUCCCAAAUAUAGCCCGGCCAUGUGUCCUCGCCUUGCCGUUGUUGCCGGCCACAAAGCGAGAUGCACUCACCCAGCAGCACCUAUUAACCCCCGUUUCAGAUGAGAGUGCCGCGGGCGUUUGGCUGCCAGGUCAAUCUCGCGAGGUCCACGACCAACUUCAGCAUAUAGAUGCUCUGCAUUCUCUCGCUUCACGCCCCAAGUAUGGUCAUAUUUUGAUCUCUCCAAGGCCCGCUUCAGUACAUUGUGAUGCUCAGCAGCCAUUCUCUGUUCACAUAAGCAACCCACACCAACUUGCCAACCUGUACGGUGGUUAUGCAAUCAGAUAGACGGAGCGACACCCUGACCAGGGGAUUGCUUUGGCACGGUCACGUCUUUCUUCAAGCUGCGCUCUUCUGUUGUUGCCAGCAGCUGAUAUUGUAGCUUCUGCACGCGGUCGCCGAGAUGGCUCCCGUAGCAGUCCGAAGACCCGUUCUUCAGGAACCAAGGCGCGUCCACGAGAGAGAUUGUGACGAUGUCACACACCCCUUGUACCAGCUAAUGAAAUUUGAUACUCAGCAGUCGAGUCAGCUGAGUCGGUCUGUAUUUUAGAGUUCGUCGACGCCGUUUGUAGAUCCGGUCUGGGCC